UCUUCCUGCCUCCCUGGUCCGUGCACGGCCGGGCGUUGUCAUGGCACGACCAUCCUCGGGGCGACCGACCGUCGACGUGCAUCCGCGUCCCUGCGCUGCGCAACGCUUCCCAUAUAAGAUGUCCAAGCCCAGGCCGGCCCCCGUCAGUGUCACUGCGAACCUACGCUCAACCGCCACGCGCCCCGGUCGACCUCUGGCUCUCGCCGCCGCUGCAUGGCACCCUCGGCGACUCGCUUGGCAUGCUCGUUGGCCCUCCUGCGCGAUGCUGGCUCCUCGUCUGCACAACCGUCGUCCUCUCUCUCCGUGUCGCCGUCCGCGCUGAGAAUGUGACCAUCCAGUCCACCGCACCGGAGAUCGUGUACAGCCCGCCGGCAUGCAAUGCCUCGACGUCGUCGUGUGACAGCGCAUGGCAAGUCCUGGCCUCGCCGGACAACUCCUCCGCACUCGUUACCUCCACGAGCGGGCCGACGAACGGGAGCGCCGCGCUCGUUCCGCAGCUCUUCCUCACCUUCACGGGCAGCACGCUCUACAUCCGCACGUCCACCGCGUCCACCGCGCUCGUCAACGUCAGCCUCGCCACGCACGACCCCGCCUUCGCCAUCACCGCGCGCGUCGACACCGCGGCCGCGGGCGGGCUCAUCACCGUCGUCGACCUCCCGAGCGACCGUGCGACGACGCUCACGGUGUCGUUCGUCCCGUCCGACGAUGCUACCCUGCUGGAGAUAGCGAACUUCACGAUCGUCACGACAGGUAAUGAUUCGCCGUUCUCGUCCUCCCCGCUACCCAGUACCACGGCAAUACCCACGUUCUCGCCGAUCAUCUCCCCAGCGGCGACCUCCCAAGCAACCUCGAAACAGACACGCGACGACAUCAUCGCCGAAGUGCUCGGAGCCGUGCUCGGAGUCGCGCUCUGUCUCUUCGCCGCAGCUGGUUUCCUCUUCUGGCGGAAGCGACGGCGGAAACAACUGCGGACGCGCUCGCCUCAGACUCGAACUCCCGGAGACUGACACCAGGACAGGAUAUCACACUAAUAGUAGUGGGCUCAGGAACAA